AUGUUCUUCACGUUAGGACGAGGUAAAAGCGUCCAGGCCGGCAUCACGGUCUGUUGCUUGAUUGCAUUCGUCCUCUUCGGAUACGACCAGGGCGUUUUCGGAGGCAUCUUGCACAACGACGACUGGCUCCGCCAAUUCGACCACCCCUCGGACACAUUGACAGGCUUCAUUGUAUCGUGUUACAACUUGGGAUGUCUCGGUGGCUGCGUGUUGAAUUUCUUCUUUGGCGACAUCCUGGGCCGUCGGAGAGCCAUCUGGCUGGCCAUGAGCCUCGUCGUCAUCGGUGCUACGCUGCAGACGACCGCCUUCCACGUGCCGCACCUCAUCAUUGGAAGAGUCAUCACCGGCCUCGGCACGGGUAUCAAAACAUCCACGGUUCCAAUGUAUCAAGCCGAACUCUGCGACCACACGACCCGCGGACGGCUGGUGUCCGCGGAGGUCCUGUUUGUAGGCGUAGGCAUCGUGAUCGCCUACUGGUUCGACUUCGGCAUGUCGUUCGUCGGCGGUGCUAUCGCGUGGCGUCUGCCGAUUGCCUUCCAGAUGGUGUUCGCCUUGGUAGUCAUCGUUCUCAUGUUCGCCCUACCCGAGUCGCCACACUGGCUCUUCAACCAUGGUCGCGAGGCUGAGGCUGUGGAUGUGCUUUGCAAAAUCUACGAUAUGCAACCUACGAAUGAUCACAUUAUCCGCGAGCGAACUGCAAUUACUCAAGCUAUCGGAUACAAUGGAGCUGGAAAUACGUCGAAGUCUCUUUUUAGUAUCUUCAGGAACGAUAACGUGCGGACUGGGUACCGCGUGCUGCUAGCGUGGGGUAUUCAGUUCAUGAACCAAGCAGGCGGCAUUAAUCUGGUUGUCUACUACAUCCCUUCGGUUCUCGUCCAGAACGUCGGCACAACGACCCGUACAGCUCAGAUCCUCGGGGGCUGCAUCAACAUGAUGUUCAUGUUCGGCUCCAUCCUUCCGUCUCUAGCCCUCGACCGGAUGGGCCGCCGGAAGACCAUGAUCAGCGGCUGCUUGGGCCUGAGCAUCUGUAUGCUCUUAGUCGCCGCCCUGCUAUCGCAAGCCGAAAGCCCCAACGGACAUGUCUUUGCGACGGCCUCCAUUGCCUUUUUCUUUGUGUAUAUGCUCAUCUUCGGCAUGAGCGUCAACUGCGUGCCGUGGGUCUACGUGCCCGAGAUCCUCCCUCUGGAGGCUCGGGCACGUGGAACGGCGUUAGGAGUUAGCUCCAACUGGCUAUGGAACUUCACCGUCGUUAUGAUAACGCCAGUCAUCAUCAACCGCCUGCAGUGGAAGGCAUAUUUGAUCUUCAUGGCCAUGAAUUUAUCGUUUGUGCCCAUCUUCUACUUUUUCUAUCCGGAGACGAGUAAUCUCCGUUUGGAAGACGUUGAUCUUUGUUUUCCAAGGGGGGCGACCCUGUUCAGAACGGACGGGAAAUGUCGAAGGUGGCUGUAA